UUUCUUUCUCUCUUCAGCUCCUCCAGGUAAACCCUACUCAAGCUUGUACCAACUUGUUUUUGACUGACAGGGAGCAAGGAGAGCUGUCUUCAUUCCGAGGGAACCCGAACACCUAUGCUCCCAAGGCGACCUGCCCAGACAGCAGCUCACCUCCCGCCAGGAGGGUGCCUCGCAGCCCUUGCAGGCAGGAGCAGCACCCCAUGGUAGCCAGGUGGGCGAAGGGGAGCCAGGACGGUGCGCCCGCCUUGAAGAAGACGGCUUCUGACCUGCUGAGUGGUCCCAAGAGGCUGAGCAUGGACCCAGUGCACCUCAGCAUGUCCAGUGCGCCCCUGGUGAGGCACUCAGACAGGCCCCGCGUCAUGUCCAAGAGCGGGCACAGCAACGUGAGAAUCGACAAGGUAGAUGGCAUAUACUUACUCUACCUUCAAGACCUGUGGACGACCGUGAUCGACAUGAAGUGGAGAUACAAACUCACCCUGUUCGCGGCCACAUUCGUCAUGACCUGGUUCCUUUUCGGGGUGAUCUACUACGCCAUCGCGUUCAUUCACGGGGACCUAGAACCCGGCGAGCCCAUUUCUAACCACACCCCCUGCAUCAUGAAGGUGGACUCCCUCACAGGGGCGUUUCUCUUCUCCCUGGAGUCCCAGACCACCAUCGGCUAUGGCGUCCGCUCCAUCACGGAGGAGUGCCCUCACGCCAUCUUCCUGCUGGUCGCUCAGCUGGUCAUCACCACCUUGAUUGAGAUCUUCAUCACGGGCACCUUCCUGGCCAAAAUCGCCAGACCCAAGAAGCGGGCGGAGACCAUCAAGUUCAGCCACUGUGCGGUCAUCACCAAGCAGAAGGGGAAGCUGUGCCUGGUGAUCCAGGUGGCCAACAUGCGCAAGAGUCUCCUGAUCCAGUGCCAGCUCUCCGGCAAGCUCCUGCAGACCCACGUCACCAAGGAGGGCGAGCGGAUCCUCCUCAACCAGGCCUCCGUCAAAUUCCACGUGGACUCCUCUUCCGAGAGCCCCUUCCUCAUUUUGCCCUUGACCUUCUACCACGUGCUGGAUGAGACCAGCCCCCUGAGAGAUCUCACCCCCCAGAACCUGAAGGAGAAGGACUUUGAGCUCGUGGUGCUCCUCAAUGCCACCGUGGAGUCCACCAGCGCCGUCUGCCAGAGCCGCACGUCUUACAUCCCAGAGGAGAUCUACUGGGGCUUUGAGUUCGUGCCCGUGGUUUCUCUCUCCAAGAACGGCAAGUACGUGGCUGACUUCAGUCAGUUCGAGCAGAUCCGGAAGAGCUCCGACUGCACGUUUUACUGCGCGGAUUCCGAGAAGCAGAAGCUGGAGGAGAAGUACAGGCAGGAGGACCAGCGGGAGAGAGAACUGCGGACUCUCCUGUUACAACAGAGCAAUGUCUGAUGGCGGUGCCCUGGCCUCAGUUGACUCUGCGGCCAUUUCCACAUCCAAGUUCCUUCGAACAAAAACGUGUGGAUGCAUUUCUAAAAACACUUCACAGAUGUGAGAAAUCCAUCUUCUCCUUUGAUCUGGUGGCUCAACAAGAAUCUCCACCUUCGAGAGGGUUCCUUGUUUAAAUGCUUCGUCUGAAGCAAACUCCCAAAGUUCAGAUUUUCUAAGAUGGGGCUACAUUUGGCGGGACUUGGUAGGGCAAUUGCAAACAUGUCCUGCAGGAUGGACAGACAGUCAGCAUGCUGAGAGUGAAGGGAAGGCAUUUCUCUAUAAGGCUAUCAGCUGUAAUAUAAGGUAUUUAUGCAAUCCAAUAUCAAAGGCAUUGUGGCCUUGAAAUGUGGUUCAGUGUUCACUCACACCAUGGUUUAAACUCUUUUCGAGCAGAGAAAAUGGUAUAUGUUCUGGAGGCUAUCUGUUAAUACAACAAAUGGAGCAGGGGGAGUCUGUACUCACAAAAUAUAAUAAUUCCAUUUCUGCCUUUUCCCAGUGGAUUUAAUUGUGCAGCGUGAAAUUGGUCCAUCAGGAAUUAACAGUUGUGAAAACAUGUAUGGAUGGAACUGAGGUUGUUGUCAACACUAAUUUUUGCUGGAAUGUACUAGCCCCUUCCUUUCCUAUUCAACAUGUGGUUCCCAGGCCGGCAGCAUCAGCCCCUUGAGAACUUAUUAGCCACAUAGAAGCCCAGGCCCUGCCCCACUUAGAGAACCAGAGUCUGUAUGUCACCGCACCCCCAUGGGACUCACGCACACUUGAGUUUGAAAAGCUCCUCUCUGGGCAGUGCAUUCAGAGUAACCUCGGAAGCUGCGGGACAGUGAGGGUCCCCUGUCCACGUGGCCUCCAGAUCUGUCUUUCCUUAGGUUCUUCACUGUGCACCAAGCUUCCUUUCGGCCACUUCUUUCCUGACCUAGUGAAACCCCUUGUCCACAGGGGAAGGGUCACUGAGAGUCCAAGAGCAAAAUCAAACUCUUGCAAGUAAUGGUCGCCUCAUUCACACUAAGUGCACACACACACACGAUACGCCACACACGUGCGCACGUGUACGCACACGCAAGCGCACACACACACACACACACAGGGACGCACACCCUAGCUCUUGAAGCAUGAUGGUGGAAAUUAUCAAUGAAAGACAUUUUCAGUUAAAAUUUUGUUCUCUAAGAUGGGGAGCACUGGGACUUGGAGGAAAUGGGGAAAGUGGUGGGAUUCAGAUUGUCGGUGAAAUGGUGAUGUGGACGUCACCAAUGGCAAGUGUGGUCGUCUCUUGAUGUUACCAGAUUUCAAAUGUCCUUUAACAGAAAAUGUGGCUGACGCCACUGACCUGGAGCAGCCCAUCGAACGCAGGGCCAGAAUAAUGGGGCUAAAGUCGUAAAGGUUCAAAGAACAAUCUCAAUGCACAAGAGCUUUUGUCUUAUUAUUCAGGAAGUUUUCUUCUGUUUCUGUUAUAAUUUUAUGGCAGAUUGUCUUCGAUCUUAAAAACAUUACAUGUAGUUAGAUAUGACCCCUUUUAGUUGUGAUGUGUGAUUUUUUUUAUUGUAUAUUGUGGUCUAAUUGGCAGAAGAAUAAUCCCAGGGGCAUGUUUACAGAUUUUCCGUUGCACAAGUAAAUUCUUCUCACAGUAUUGCCAUCAAUGUCACUUGGAAUGUGAUCAAGGUUAGGAAUCUUACCUGCUUAUAUUGUAUAUGGUACAAUGAUGUAGCACAAGAUUGAAAAAUCUCUUUUAUGUUCACUUAGCAAUCUACUUCAGCCAAAUGUGAAAGACUUGAUCAUGUGAUCUUUCGCACUAUAUGCAAAAUAAAUAUGCAGUGUCUUAAAAGCCAAUACUCGUGGAAGUCAAUAAGUGAUAUUACAGUGUAGUUUUUCAUAUGUAGGUCUAAAGUCGUGGCUGGUUUGAAACUUAGCAUUUUCCAGUAAUAUUUAUUAUUACUUUCUACAAAACACUCUAAUGUUGACAUGCUAACAAAAAAGGAUUCGGAUGGCCAACUGAUUCUAUGUGAACAGUCUUCUGACUGAAAGAGAUGCAUACUUGACCCUCCAACUAAGAAGAAGUCAAACUAAUGGAGUGUUUUUGACCCAAAAACCUUUUGCAUUUUGAAGGAUUUCCAAUGCACCAGGCCUUCUCAAUGAGACCAUUCAAAAAUGCCGUGUUCAAUCAGAGAAACCACAAAUCCAUGUCUUAUUUCAGAAAUAAGAUGUGUUAUACUUACAUGGUACCCCAGCAGCCAGUGGUCCCAGAAGCAUAGCUAAGUUUCAUUCAUUGGCACUCACAGUGGGCCGCCGUUGGGAUGGGGGUGGAGGCAUCCAGGGGUGCCCUACCCCAUUCAUGGGGAUGUUACCGCUCAGAGAGGAGACCAGAAAUUGAAAUAGCUGGUUCAAAGUGGGGAGAUGCCAUCAGUGUGUGGACCAGAUGUUUAGAUGCAUUUACACAACCCACUGAGUUAAGUUUUCAAUUUUUAAUUGACUGUGAUUUCGCUAUCCCUGAAAUGUAAAGUAAGGUGUAGAGACAUGUGACGCUUCUAUUACAAGAUGAUCCUUUCUCCCUUGCUUAGAUCCUCAGUCCUCUUAAAUCACCUGGAGGUAGGAGGAAAUAGAAAAGCAAGGCAAAGAAGGCGCAGGGCCUUUGCACUGGUAGCUCAGUAAAGAUCAUCUCAUCCUCGGCCUUCAUUCACUACCUUGUCACCAUGGUCUAAGACAUUUGAUCACGUGACAUAAGGGAGACUUCCAGUCUCUCAAUCUCCGCUCUUCUUUGAAACAACUAGUUUUGAAUCCAAGUGAUCUCAUCAUAGCUCCGUGGGACGGGACUCUUUAGUGAGAGGCAUCAACAUUUGCAGUCUUGGUUUCCAAGCUCUGAGUGAGCACCCAACUUCCCGCACUUGACCCUGGGUAGGUCCUAGGCACAAUUGAUGUUCUUCCCCUGGGAAGAUGGACACUUGAAGGUCCAAAGCUUAACAUUUCACUUCUAAUGGAUUAACUGCGCACAUGUUGCCCCUUGUGAGUUUCAGUUUAUCUUUAAUCAGAAUGACCUGCCAAUCAACCAAACCUCUGGCCUGGGGCCGCAGUGAGUGGUGGGUGUUGGUUCUCAGCCUGAAGGGUCUAGGAGCAGAGCCGAGAGUCUGCACAGUUAGAAUGUGCAAUGAAAUGACAUGUGAGAACCUAAUUGAGAUUUUAAAGAACAAAAGAGUUAACUUCUUGAGGCAUUGGUAUUUAUCAGUAAACUGUUUUCUUGUUGUUAUGUUGUUCUGAUUUUUUUAAAGAAUCUAAAAUAAAAUCUUCGCUUUUCCAGCAAGGAAGGCACGGAGAACAGUAUAAAAAUUGAAAGCUAGGGGUUGACUGAGCACCUCUCACAUAAGCCCUUCUCCCAGCGGACAAGAACUUCUUGGCAGGCAAAGCUAGGCCACUCAUCUUACAUUACAACUGACUGUCAUUAUAUCCUCUGGCUUCCCAGGAGGACCAGUUUUCCCAGUCUUUCAGAAACACUGACGGAUUAAGUCCAAUUUCCCCCCCAAAGUUUUUCCACUAAAUGCUGACUGGCA